UUUUGCGUUGUGUAUGAUAUAAUAUAGUUUAAAAGCUGUUUUCAAUAUGUUUUUAUAUUUCUUUACUUUAGAUCAUAUUUUAAACUGAUAAUUUUAAUUGAAUUUUAUUUAUAUGAAAAUCUGUAAUUAUGGCUGAAUCAACAACGUUGCUGGUUGAUGACAACGUUAAUUAUGAGAAAGAAAUCAGUUCGUUUCAAGAUAAGAACACAUGCAAUAGUUUGAGUCAGGAAGCACUUAGGUUAAAAGUAUUAGAAGAGGAACAAGAACUUCUAACAUCGUCUUUAUUUUCAUUAACAACACAUUUUGCACAGGUGCAGUUUCGAUUACAUCAAAUAGUAGAGGCACCACCAUCUGAACGAGAAGUUUUAUUAAAAUCACUAGAAGAAUUUGCUUUUCGAGGCGUUAAAAAAGUAGAAUUCAGUUCUAGUGAUAAUGAAGUCAACGAAGAUAGUUCUCAGAUGUCAUCAGCUGAAAAUAAACUAUUGCGAGAGCAAGAAUUAAUUAAUUUAUUGAAAAGUGAACUCCAAGAGGUUGAAAAUUAUGCAUAUUCUACUGGUAGUGCAGGAAUUCCUCAAUCAGUUCUUAUUGAACGUCAAAAAAUCAUUAUUGAUGAAUUAAGAAAUAAAAUAAAUUUAAAUUUGGAUGAGCUUGACCAAAGUACUUUGUCUCCUGAAGAACUACGUCAGCAAGUGGAUUGUGCAAUAGGUCAGCUUGUGGGGCCUUUAAAGAUGAAAGAUGCUCUAGUCAAUCAACUGAAAACACAAAUUCAAGAUCUCGAAAGGUUUAUAAAAUUUUUACAAGAGGGUCCAUAUGCCAAAUGGGACGAUGCUAAAUUCAAAAACUCAAAAAGAUUGCAAACUGUAAACACGGACCAGAAAGCUGUAGCGCUUUUGAAUAGUCGUAAUGAUCAGCAUAAUAAUCGUGGUAAUGAAGGUAAAAUCCAGUCUUCUACAAGCGGUAUUAUGAAGAAGGCUGCAGAAUUCAUCCAGAUAUUUACUUCUAACCAAUUUGCUUGUGAUACUUAUCAGUUCUCAGAUAAUAAAUUAAAGAAAAACAAACAUAAUCAUUGGGGUGAUCAUCGCGCUCAGUUAGAAGUUGCUGUAGAAGAAAUCAUUUUAUUAUUAAACCAAAAUCGGGCUGACGAUAAUCAUGCAGGUAACAAGGACAUUCUUAAGACCGAUGAAGGAAUGGAUAAAUUUGAUAUUCGAGUAACUACAGUUGUACGAAAGCAACUUGCUAUUUGCCUAAGAAACCUUAUGCAGCACGGUUUAAUGCCUGCAGUGCAGCAAACCAGCGUAGUUCCAUUCUUUGGGUGCUUUAGUCUUCGAAGUCAAGUUGUACCAAAAUUUAUGCAUGCAUGGGAACUUGUAUUAAAAUAUUAUCAUCUCAAAAACGGUGAUCUUUAUAAUGCUACACCGGCAAGAUGCUUGUCGCAGAGUUUUAAUUUAAGCAUAGUUGUUGGAUCUACGAAGUCCAGCAAAUUGGGUUUGCUUGGUGCAGUAUCAGGAAUUAUAGCUGAUCAUAGUCCUUAUAAAAGUAGUUAUGAUUCUCAAUUUAAGGCCUUUGUUUGUGCAGCUUUAAAUGCUAAUAAGUUAGUGCCCUGGUUAAAAUUGAUUUUACAAUGCAAACAACUAAUUAAUAUGCACUAUGCACCUUGGAGUUACGUGGUAAAAACUGGUUUUGUAGAUAGCUUGCAAUGCUUAGACAAGUUAACAAAUCAUUCAUUUGACUUGCCUGUGGACUUGGCAGUACGCAAAUUCCAUAAUAUAAAAGAUGUAUUUAUGUAAUUUACUUGUAAAAUAUUAGAACUAUUAUAUUUAUUGUGAAUAUUCAGAUCGUUAUUUUAUUUCAUAGAUGAAUCAGUAUUCAAUGGGUAAUAAUGAUCUGAUGAGAAUAUGUUAUCAUAAAUUAAAAUAAAUACAUUUAUUAUGAUUC